AUGAUAUCCCGUCCACCCACCAUCCAUUAUUAUAUAUAUCUAAAAGAGACCGCGGAAGACACUCACACAAGACAGAAUCUGUUGUUUCUUUGAUCAUCAUUCGUCAAUCAAAACCUCUAAUUUUUAUCUUGUUUUUUCGCUCAUUUCAUCUGGUUUAAGUUCAUUUUAAUGGCGGAAGCAAUUCCAUACGCGACAAUUAGUAACAUUUUGUACAAGUAGGGGUCACUUACUUUGCAAGAACUCGCCUCAAUUUUCAGGGUGGAUAAGGAUCUAGGCAAGCUUCAAGAAACGUUAGACACCAUCAAAGCCGUUCUCCUUGAUGCUGAAGAGAAACAGGAGAGCAGUCAUGAAGUGAGAAACUGGAUAAGUCGGCUCCAAGAAGUUGUCUACGAUGUAGAUGACUUAAUCGAUGAAUUCGAAUAUGAACAACUCCGUCAAAAGGUGAAUGCCCGAGGACAGGUACGCAAAUUCUUUUCAUCCUCUAAUCAACUAGCAUUUGGACUUAAGAUGAGCAAAAGAAUUAAAAACAUUAGAAAGAGGCUAGAUGAGAUUGCAGCUGAUAAGUCUAAAUUCAACCGCAGGGAGAUAGUUUUAGGGGAUGUAAGAGUUAAGAAUAGUGGGAGGGAAACAGCUCCAAUGGUUAGAUCAGCAAUAAUGGGGAGAGAGAACAAUAUACAGGACAUCAUAGAAUUAUUGUUGCAGGAGAAACAUAACCAGCAGGAGGAUAGCAAUAUCCCCAUUGUUGCCAUUGUUGGGCUUGGAGGUUUAGGGAAGACCACACUGGCCCAAUUGGUGUACAAGGAAACGACAAUAGAAAAAUAUUUUAGUACAAGAAUAUGGGUUUGUGUUUCUGCAGAAUUUGAUGCCAGAGUAAUUUUUAAGAAAAUGUUGGAAGCUGUGACCGGUGGGUCUGUGGGCGACUUAGCUCUAGCAGAAAUACAAAAACAACUGGAAGAAAAUUUAAGAGGCAAGAGAUAUUUACUUGUACUAGAUGAUGCGUGGAAUGAAAAUGAUUUCAAGUGGGAAAAUUUUUUCAAAUAUCUAGUUAAGGGUGCUCUAGGGAGUAAAAUGCUAGUGACAACUCGUAGUAAAAAUGUUGCAUCAAUCAUGAAGGUCAAUUUUCCAUACAUAUUAGAGGGUCUGAAUGAGGAUCAAUCUUGGGUUUUGUUUGAGCAAGUGGCGUUUCAAGGACAAGAUAAUUAUAUUGAUCCAAACCAUAAAGCAAUAGGGAAAGACCUUGCAAAAAGAUGCAAGGGAGUUCCUCUAGCUAUCAAGUGUUUAGCAAGUUUGAUGAGACAAAAACCUAAUGAGAAGUAUUGGUCAUCUGCCAAAGACAAUAAAAUUUGGAAGUUGCUUGAAAAAAACGAUGAUGUUUUCCCUGUUCUAAAAUUAAGUUACAUAUACUUUACCAAGUCAUUUGAAACAAUGUUUUGCUUUUGUUCAAUUUUUCCAAAAGACUUCGUAAUAUCUAGAGACAUGUUGAUCCAAAUGUGGCGAGCACAAGGUUACAUCAAUGAGAAUUUACAAGACAUUGGUGAUGAAUAUUUUAAUGAUUUAUUAUCAAGGUCGUUUUUUCAAGAGGCAGAAAGAGACAGAAAUGGAAAUAUUAUAAGUUGUAAAAUGCAUGACCUUAUACAUGAUCUAGCACAACUAGUUGCAGGAAGUAAUUUUUACGUGGCGAAAGAUAAACAAGAAAUUAGUAAAGAAGUCCAUCAUGUGUUACUAGAAUGCAUACCUUCCCAAGAAUUUUUUAGGCACUUGUCAACAACAACGCGGGUAAGGACUUUAUUGUGUGGAUUUCAUAUCCACAAAUUAACAAAUUCAAUUGAUGACUUGAAAUAUUUAAGAUUCCUCGAACUAAACUGGUGUUCAAAUCUUAAAGAGCUACCUAGAGAUAUAGGAAAAUUGAUUAGUCUUGAAUAUCUGGACAUUGAGGGUUGUGGGAAGUUAAAGUGCUUGCCAAAAGGGAUAGGGGAAUUAGCUUCAUUGCAACGAUUGAGUACUUUUAUUGUGAACAGUGAUGAACAAAGUUUUCCAAGGGGAGCCACCUUGAAUGAACCGAGUGAACUAAACUCCCUUGGAGGCUGCUUGUAUAUUCGCAAUUUAGAGAAGGUGGGGAACGUGGGGUUAGAGUCCAACGAAGCAAAUUUGAAAGAAAAGAAAUACCUACAGGCCUUGAAAUUAAUAUGGGAGCGGAAUGAAGAUAAUAAAAAGCAUGAACAGUUGUUAGAUAAUCUUGAACCACAUCCAAAUUUGAAAGAAUUGGGCGUAAGUGGAUACAGUGGAGCAAGGUUUUCCAGGUGGUUAUCUUCCCCUUUCAAAUUUAGUCAAAAUUCACAUACAAGAUAG